AUGGCGGCGUGAGACGUCUAAAGCGUGCGCGCGUCCCCGCGUCUCAGCCGCUGCUUCUCGAAGGAGGCGGAGGCGGAGACGGCGCUGAUAGCGGCGACAGCAGCUUCAGUGGCUACGGGGGGAGGUGGUGUUAGUGGUGGUGGUGGCGGCUACUACCGCGCUCGGUCACUCGCUCUGCUCUGCCCCGACCGACUUGGCCAACACCCGCCGCUAAGCUGCUGCAUGCGGCUGCUGAGAGAGCGGCACAGAGCACCGACGGACGGACGGGCCCAGGCGAGAGACCGCGGAGCGCGAUGCUGUGUUGGGGGAACACGUCGUUCGGGCAGCUGGGCCUCGGUGGCAUCGACGAGGAGAUCGUCAAAGAGCCGCGCCGCUGCACCUUCUUCGCGGGCAGCAGCGGCGGCCGUGCCGCGGGCCUCCGGGCGGUCGCCUGCGGCCGGAGGCACACGCUCUUCCUCAUGGAGGACGCCACCGUCUACAGCUGCGGCUGCAACGACCUGGGCCAGCUGGGGCACGACAAGACUCGCAAGAAGCUCGAACAGGUGAGUUCCUUGGACACUCAGACCAUUGUGGCGGUGGCGUGCGGAGACUCUCACACGCUCGCUCUCAACGACAAGGGACAGCUCUUUGCCUGGGGCCAGGCAUCCGAGGGCCAGCUCGGUCUGCCAGGAACGGACGAGAUAGUGCGUGUGCCCAGGCAUGUGAAGACAUUGGCAGAGGUACCAAUUGUGCAGGUAGCCUGUGGACACCAUCACUCACUGGCGCUCGCAAAAGAUGGUCGCCUCUUCACGUGGGGCAGCAACCGCUAUGGGCAGCUUGGCGUGGGCAGCUUCAGGGGCAGCCAGCGGACUGCGCAGCUCGUGCACACCCUGCAGGGUGUGCCGCUGGCGCGCCUGACCGCCGGCAAAGCCCACAGCCUGGCGCUCACUUGCUCCGGCGCCGUCUUCGCCUGGGGACAAAACAACUUCGGGCAGCUGGGUCUCAGCGAUGAGAUCGACAAGUGCUACCCUGCUCUACUGAAGUCCCUCCGCACACAGAAAGUUGUUUAUAUCUGCUGUGGAGAGGACCAUACCGCUAUUCUUACUAAGGAGGGCGGGGUGUUCACAUUUGGCGCGGGCGGCUACGGACAGCUGGGCCACAACUCCACCAACCACGAGGUCAACCCACGCAAGGUGUUUGAGCUCAUGGGCAGCAUCGUCACGCAGAUUGCGUGCGGCAGGCAGCACACGCUGGCGUUCGUGCCAUCCUCGGGGAGGAUCUACUCCUUCGGCCUGGGAGGGAAUGGUCAGCUGGGAACAGGCUCCACCAGCAAUCGCAAGAGCCCGUUCACGGUGCAGGGCGCCUGGAUGCCACACAACGGGCCGUGCCCCUCCAACGUUGAAAAAGAAGAGUGCUGCAUUGUAAAGAGAAUAUUUGCCGGAGGAGAUCAAAGUUUCGCGCAUUACUUUCCUCCAGAGGACUCUGUGGAGCCAGAUGACUUCCGGCUGGCGGAGCCCCAUAUGCAGGUGUGUGUGCUGUCUGGCCCUCUGCUGGAGAAGUGGGCCUCUCUGCCCAGCGGACGGCUGCCGUCCGACGUUGUCAAUGAGAUAGACAUGAUAUUCUCCUCUCCAAGCUGUAUCAACGGAAGCUUCUUGGCCUAUGGAUCAGACGAGCACUACAGAACGAGUGGGAAGGUGUCGGGUUUGGACAUGAAUGCCAUGCGCCGUGCCUUCAACAAGCUCCUGCAGAGCCCAUGCACGCAGAUUCUGCAGCAGAUGGCAGCCAGCCUGGAGAAGAACCUGAUCCCCCAGCUGAGCACGGCCCCUCCGGACGUGGAGGCCAUGCGGCUCUACCUGGUGCUGCCCGAGUUCCCGCUGAUGCAUGACGAGCGUAACUUCUCCACGCUCGCCAUCUCCUUCGCCAUGGCCAUUACCAAGCUGGGCCCCACGCCCGCCAAGGUGCUCGAGAACUGGUGGAGCAUGCUGACGCCACCCUUCUUCCUCAAGCUGGUGGAGCUCUACAAGGCCGUGGUGGUGUUCCUCCUCAAGCUGCACAAGAUGGGCGUUCCUCCCGCCGAGGAGCCAAUCUUCCAGGCCUCGCUGCGCUCCGCCCUCGUCGUUCUGCAGAUCCUGCACCGGGCCAACACACGGACGUCGGUGAUCCAAUACGACAAGUUUUACAUCGGGGAGAUCUGCGAUCUGGUGGACAUCAGGAGAGACUACAUCGCGUGGAUACAGCAGCAGGCCUACAGAGUGGAUGUUAACUCUGCGAUGGCAGAGGAGGUGCCGGUGACGCUGUGCAGCUUCCCGUUUGUGUUCGACGCACAGGCCAAGACCACGCUUCUGCAGACUGAUGCCAUCCUGCAGAUGCAGGUCGCCGUGGAUGAGGCGACACGCCGCAACUUCUCCAGCAUGUUCAUGCCCAUCGACCCCGAGAACCCCUGCCUGGUGCUCAUGGUGCGCAGGGACAACAUCGUGGGCGACACGCUGGAGAUGCUGCGCAAGCAGGCGAAGAACCUUGACUUCAAGAAGCCUCUGAAGGUGAUCUUCUACGGGGAGGAUGCCGUGGAUGCGGGAGGAGUGAGGAAGGAGUUCUUCCUACUCAUCAUGAAGGACCUCCUGGACCCAAAGUAUGGGCUCUUCAAGUACUAUGAGGAGUCGCGACUCAUCUGGUUCUCACAGCAGACGUUUGAGGACAGCAACCUGUUCAACUUAAUUGGUCUUAUCUGUGGCCUGGCCAUCUACAACUCCACCAUUGUGGACCUCAACUUUCCACUGGCACUCUACAAAAAGCUGCUCAAGGUGGAGCCCACGCUGGAAGACCUCAAGGAGCUCAUGCCCGACGUGGGCAGGAGUCUGCAGCAACUCCUAGACUACCCCGACGAUGACGUCGAGGAAACCUUCUGCCUCAACUUCACGGUGGCCUUUGAGAACUUCGGAGCGAUGGAAGUAAAGGAACUGGUGCCUGGAGGGUCAGACAUGGUGGUGAACAAUGCCAACAGGCAGGACUUUGUGAACGCUUAUGUCGACUACAUCUUUAACAAGUCGGUGCAGCAGCUGUUUGAGGCAUUCCACACGGGCUUUCACAAGGUGUGCGGUGGCAAGGUGCUGCAGCUCUUCCAGCCGAGCGAGCUCAUGGCGAUGGUGAUCGGCAACACCGACUACGACUGGGCUGAGCUGGAAAAGAACACGGAAUAUAAGGGCGAGUACUGGGCUGGGCACCCCACAAUCAAAUCAUUUUGGGAGGUGUUCCAUGACCUGGACCUGGAGCUCAAGAAGAAGUUUCUCUUGUUCCUGACUGGAAGCGAUCGCAUUCCCAUCCUCGGUAUGAAGAGCCUCAAGAUUGUGAUUCAGCCGACAGGUGGUGGGGAGCAGUUUCUACCCGUGGCUCACACCUGUUUUAAUCUUCUGGACUUGCCCAAGUUCUCCGGCAAAGCGCAGCUCAGGGAAAAACUACUUCAGUCCAUCACGCAUUACCAGGGAUUCAGCCUGGCGUAAGCACGAACAGACGCACUGGACCCUGUGGAGACUAUUUUGAGUCUUUAAUGUUGUGCAAUUCUCAAGCGAGAUGUGCAGUUGAGCCUGAGGAUACCAGGUUUAAAAGAACAAGAGCUCAAACGCAGUUACUGAAUGUGAUUCAGCUCUUAGCCUAACAAACGACUAAACGUGCUAACCUCAAGAACUCUACAACGUGUUCUUGCCAAAACAAGUCCAAUGUCAAGUCUGUGCUGUCUGCAAGGUUUGGAACAGUAUUGCUUUGUCUAGCCAGCACCAUACGCUGAGGCUUAGAUCGAAUUCGGGAGACAAGAGGCAAUUCAAUAGACCUCAUGCUUGCAGACGCCAUGUGCGUGUAGUCUCGAUGUUGUGGCUGUUUCAAGGUGGAUUUGAAAUGAUUUGGAGAAAAGCAUAUUUGGAGUUAACGUGUGUGUACCUCCUGAACCGCAGCAGCAAAGCGGCACCAGCGCAAGGUUUAUUGUGGACUGCAGCGAGUCACGGCUGUCAUGUUGUAAUUAAGCAUUUUACCAGCUGUACUUGAUUGAUGCCAGUUAAUUUUAUGCAGUUCCCACAAAUAUAACAAUGUCUGCAGCUCUUCAUAAUACUCGCCCCUCUAGCCCUGGUUCCUGUUCGCAUGUAUUGAUUGUAUGUGCAUGCAAGUGACUGCCAGCCUUAACGUCAAGCUAUGAGCAAGAAGUCGCAGCAUAACGUUAGCUUCCCCUUCUUCCGGUUGCAUACCAGUAUACCCACAUGUACGUCAUUGUGUUCUGUUCCACCCCCACGCUAUGAAUUGCAUUGAAUUAGCCCCCCCUUCUGGAAAUGUACAUGAGCAGCCAAGGUCAUCCUAAUGUGCACACAUUUGGGAUAUUUUCUUUGUCUCACGUAAGCUCUUGUACUUAAAACACAAUGCUGUUGCACUGCAUAUCACUGUGCUUGGGAUGUGGUUCACUUUUAUGAAGCAUUCCCCAAAAUAAAAGUUCACUUAUAGAGAGGGGCCUGACAGCCAAAUGGCGACAUAGCAAAUUGGGAUUCUUUGAGGGCAAUGCAGGGCUUGUGGAUUAAAUUACCAUCCAUCUAAACUGAUUGUAAGCUUUAAUUCCUGAACAUGCUGGAACUGUUAAUGUAAUAUUAGAUUAAUGGCUAUUUUGGUCACGUAGUUAUGUUCGGGUUACCCCAGGCAUCAGUCUCUUAAGCUUUUCUCAUAAGUAAGCAAUAACCACAAAUAAGUGCACAUUUAUAAGACUGCAACAUGACAGGUCACUGCGUUUUAAACAUAUGCACACAGAAUGUAAUUUGGACUGGUUGACUGCUUUCAAAUUGGACAAGCAUUUGACCAGUUACCUUAAUUACUGUAUGAAAAUGUUCCCUAACAUACAAAAGAUUUAACCAAACACUAUGUGCUAUGCGUAGUUGAGAAUAGUGCCUUCAGUGAAGGGGCAAUGCAAGCUUCACAUUGGCUGGGUUUUAACCUUAAGGUGAAUAUUCAUGUAUGCAUAACACACCCUAUAGCUGAAUCUGUAGAGCAUACUAACAAAACUUAAUUUGCUAUUAACUGCAUAUUCUGCUGAAUAAAAUAACCAUGAUACUGUAACUGAUCAAAGGUUUAUCUAUAGAUUUCAAUAUACAUGGCUGACAUCAUUCCUCUGAUAAAAUUCUGUGAACAGGAGCUAUGGUUAAACACUUAUUUUCCUAAUCUUGCUGUGGUUCGUACCAUUGUUCAAUCGAGAUGUUGUUGCCCUAUAAAUGGCUCUGAUGGGCACCACCUUGCUUAACUUUUCUAGUGUUAAAAUAGGAUUGUGUAUAUGGUGUGCAUGUCCGAACCUAACAAGCAUUCGCUAUUUCAACGAUUCCAUUGCAUUUGUUUCAAUACAAGCUUCUACAUUAUUCUUGGAAUACAAACCGAUCAUGGUGUUUUUGGUCAGCCAGUUUCAAAGUACUGUGAUGAAUGGAAUUGAAUAAAAGUAGUUAAUUUA